AUGUCGGCUUCGCUCCCUGGCGCGCGGGAGCUCCCCGCUUCCCAGUAUGAUCUCGGAACGUAUAUGGGACGAGUGCGCCAUACUAUGGGCAUCACAGAUCCCUCAACCCUCUUCGCGGGCAAGACCGGACUCGAGACGGCCAAGGCGUUGGUGACCGAUUACAAGACCGGCAAGAUCGAGCACAUGUCGCCAGCAUUGUGGCAUGCGAAGAAAGUGGUCGACUCGACACUGCACCCCGACACCGGCGAACCCGUCUUCUUCCCCUUCCGAAUGUCCUGCUACGUCUUCACCAACCUUGUUGUUACCGCUGGUAUGCUCCAGCCCGGCAUGGGAACGGCUGGUAUCGUGGGCUGGCAAGUCUUCAACCAGUCUCUCAACGUCGCAUUCAACACCGCCAACAGCAACAAGUCUUCUCCCAUGUCGAACUCUGUCCUGGUGAAGUCUUACCUCUCCGCUGUCGGAGCCUCUUGCUCCGUUGCUCUCGGUCUCAAUGCUAUUGUUCCUCGACUCAACGUGACCCCUUCCACCCGCAACAUUCUCGGUAGACUCAUUCCCUUCGCUGCUGUUGCCACAGCUGCCGGUCUCAACACUUACCUUAUGCGCCGCGACGAGAUUGUCAAGGGUAUCGAUGUUCGACCUGUUCUUUCCGAGGAGGAUAAGCAGAAGCUCGUCGCUGAGGGCAAGUCGGAGCGAGACAUUCCCUCGCUGGGCAAGUCCCAGGUUGCUGCUAAGCGUGCGGUAUACCAAACCGCCGCUAGCCGAGUCUUCACUGCAUCCCCCAUCAUGGUUCUUCCCCCAAUGGCCCUCUACUAUAUCGAGAGCAAGCAGGCUUGGUACAAGAACCUUAUGGAGAAGGAGUGGGUGCGCGCACGACCAGCACUGGUCAAGGGUAUCCCCCUCGGUAUCAACUUGACUCUGAUUGCCGUUACCUCCUUCGCUGUUCUACCUUUCGCUUUGGCUGUAUUCCCCCAGUACCAGGAGGUCAGUGCCGAGUCGCUUGAGCCUGAGUUCCAUGGAAAGGGAGGUAAGGAUGGAAAGAUUGUUUUCAACCGAGGCCUGUAA